AUGUCUGACGAAGAUCCGCUGGUCAACGGUGUGCUACUUUCUACACUGCGGGUGGUAGAUUUGAAAGAAGCACUUGAUGAACGCGGUUUAUCAAAAAUAGGCAAUAAGCAAAUUUUACAGGACAGGCUUCGAGAUGUAAGUUCAUUUCGUUCCCAACUAAGUUUUCUGAUUUUUUCAGAGUCUUCUUGGUCGAGAUCGAGAUAGCCCACUCACCAGUCCAACAAAAUCGGCCUCAUCAACGAAACUCGUAUGAUUAUAUUUUGGCCAACAUAUGAAUUGGAAGAAGAAAAAGCUGAAAAAAAAAGAUUUUGCUUUAGAAUCUUCCAGCUCUCCCCAUAAUUAAAACUAAAUGUCAUUUCCGUUUUCGCCGAAAAAUAUCAGUUCUUCCGAGAUUGAAUGUCGUUUUUGACUAGUCGAACUUUCAGACCAUUUUUGAAAAAACUGACCCAAUAAUUUAUAUUAUUUUUAUAACGCCUUAUAAUUGACUCGUUCGAGAUUAAUUGUCGCGAUUUUUCGACUUUAUGAGCUCGAAUAGUGGCGUAACGAAGAUCUGUUAGUUUAAAGUUUGUUGAGCGCGUUGAUUUGGGUUAGCUAUUUAUUUUUAUAUAUGUUGUGUUUUUUUAGUUAUCAGAAAGUUUUUCUGAUCUGAGGUAUGUUCUGUUCAACUUUGAAACUUGGAAAAAAAUAUUUAAUUCGAGAAGACCUAAUAGGAUUCAAAAGGAGAUUCGAAAGUGCAACCGAAGCAAGGAAUAUUUUAUAACGCCGUAUGAUUAGUCAUUAGUCAUCUCUCAAAUCUUUAGGGUUCUCCUCCAACGAAUCCUUUGGUCGCGGAGUACUUAGCUAAGCAGCAAGCAGCGUUGCAAGAGGCAAAGGUCGCUCAUCGUAAGUUUCAAAACUUAUUUCUGUCUAGUACUUCGUUCUCAAAACUGAGUUAUUUAGCACAUUUACCCGCUCAAGACGAGGAAACCGUGAAAAAAGCUCCAAAAGUCGAAACAGAAGCGGAGGUUUGCCGAAUAAAUUUUUUCGAACUUUUUUUUCUACUUUCAGGCCGAACAGACAGGCGUUGACGAAGAAAGGAAGAAAGAUUCAGAAGACAGCGAGAGCGUCCAGACACCGAAAAAUGAUAAGAGGAAAGAAGAGAAAGCCAAGGCUACUUCGGGGAAAUCUGAAGGAGAGAAAAACAGCGUUGAGCAAAUUCCUGUCGAUCCCGAGAUUUGCAAACAAGAAGAGGAUCCAGUUCCUGAAAGGUUUGAAGAUAGUAGAUGUAGGAUGUUAAUUUAAAUUUUCAUUUUGAAGAGCCGAUCGAACCGAAAAGGGCAACGAAUUUAGCGUGAAAGUAGAGGAUCUCACUUCUCAAGAUUCGGAGAGCGAGACGAGUAGUUCUGACGAGCCGGAUGGUUUUCGUUUCAACUAUUUUUUUUUUCCACGAAGUUUUUAUUCCAGAGAAAAUGAAUGAAGCGAUCGCCGGAGAAGAUUCGGCGAGGGAAAAAACGGCUGAGAGUCAUAUAAUUCCUCCUGAGAAAGAGAAAAGUGAGCUUGGAAAACACCACUUGAUAAGUAUUAUGUCAAUGCUUGCUACAGAAGAGACGAAGAAGGCGCAAACGACUACUACGAAGCCCGCGGACGACGACUUGGAGCUCGACUACGGCGACGAAAAUGAGGACGAGAAGGAUAGGGAGGAGGUUUUCCAAGUUUCCAUUUUACCGUUGAACACAUUUUCGAUAGUCUUGUUUUUUCCCUUCUGUUCAUGGGAUGUUUGCAGACGACGGAGGCUGAGAAAUCGACGAAAAAUGGACUUUCUGAGGGAACCGAAACGAAAAAGAAGUCAUCAAAUGGGACGGCGAGAGUGGAAGUCUUGUCGGAGGGUAAGAUACGCGAUCGAGCGCAUCGGGUAUCUUCUCCUUCGUCCAGGUACAUAUUUACAGAUUUUCCUUUUUCAUAUUUUCUUGAAAAUAUGUCCUUCUUUCUGUUAUGCGGUUGCAAAAGAAAAGGUUUUUUUUUGGUUUCUUGCCGUAUUGAUGGAAAUCCAAUUUUCGAAUAGAAAAACGUUUUGAACCUUUGGCAAAAUGUGAAUUAAUCACACUUUUUACCGUUGAAACACUAAACCUCGAAACAUUUCCCAAUCAGCGUCAAUUUUUUGAAAUUAGAGUUCUUCGCGCGUAGAAGUAUAAAUCUCGUAAGAAUUUUUUUUACAGUUCUCGAAUAUGUGAUUCUGUGUAUUACGUGAUCUUAAAAGAAAAACACGUCAAUUUUUGAAAUUCUGAAUUCACUUUAAACACGUCGUUAGAUUACCCUGAUCACUGAAAGUAAUUUAAUCUCUAUCUUUACGUUUUGACUGUGUUAUAACUCUCCUUCGUAAUGAAGUCUAGCGUAGAACGCACUGUAGUGAUGUGGACUGCAUACUUUUGAGCGCUGUUAGUCAUUUCAAGGCAAAAUUCAAGGAAAACUUUUCUGUUUACGGGUUAAAGUGUACUUCAGUGAGCAUAUAAGCAAAAUGUCAUUUAUCUCCUAAUUUACGUAAAUACAAUUACUAUUGGAAAAAAACAGGCAUCCAGUCUCGGACGUCGUUCACAUCCGAGGGCUUGUUCGUCCAUUCACGGAGAACAUGCUUCGCAAUGAGAUAACCAAAGACGGGGCCAACAUCCUUGAUUUUUGGAUGGAUAAGGUCAAAAGUCACUGUUUUGUCAAGGUUGGCACUUUUUUUUGAAUUCCGAUAAAAGUUUCAUUUUGGUUCAGUUGGAUUCCCUGGAGAGCGCUACUGCCGUUCGUAAUGCCAUGAGUGGAAAACAUUGGCCUGACUCGAAUCCCAAGGAGCUCUCCGUUUGUUAUGAUACAGAUGAAAAUGUAUGAUUGAGAAAACUCAUUGUUUCCAACGUUUCUGCACCUAGAUGGAACGGUACAAAGAAGGCAAAGUUGAUGCGAAGCCAUUGAUCGCCACAAUCGGAAGUAUUACCGGUCGUUCGCGCCCCGAGAGAGUCUCUACUUCUAGUUCUGCGGUGGCGCCUCCGUCUCGAGGAAAUCUUCGUGUCACAGUUAGUUCCAAGGCUUUUUCCUGUAAUCUACCUUUGACGGAUUCACGAUUCCAUACUUCCUUAAGUUCUAAAAGUUAUUCUUUUCAAGAAAUUUAACAUCCGUAUUGCUCUCUCUCUUGAUUUUGUUUAUAAGUGAACCUUAUCAGCUGUCUUUCAACGUCAAAAAGAAUAAUCCAUGAAAGGAGUUCUGUUUGAAACCCACAAAAAAUUGCACAAGUUCGGAAAAGUUCGUAUGAAUCGAUUCAAUCAACAGCAUUAUUUCUCGAAAUCCCGAUUUUCCUUAUACACUUUCAAAGCAUUAAUAUAAAGAAAAACUCCGAAUAAAAUGAAAAUUAACUGCAACACAGUUUUUCGAAUUAAUCAGAAAGCCCAAAUGGACAAAAUUGCAGAAGUUCAAUCCAAUUUAUUGUUUUCUCCUGUAUGGACACAACUGUAGAUUGGUUUUAAAAAAGUCGUGGUAUUUACUUCUAUAAUUUCUUAAUCACGAGUUUUGACCGUCUCUUAUCUUCAAGUGAAUUGAGCUUUCUCUAUGAUUUUUCUUGCUUGAUUGGCCAUUUUGUUACAGGUCGAAGCGGCAGUUCGCGAGAACACGAAACGGGAAGUCGCCGUCAAGAAAGAACCUGACCAAUCGAAGCCCCGAAGUGUGCGUCCUUCCGAGGUCAGAAACUGUUUGGCAAGGCAAUAAAUCAAAUUGAUAAGCCGUAUUCUGGACAGUUUGAAAUAGUUUUAUUUUUUUUUUCUAUAGAUUAUUUCGUUUUACCUUUUUCUUUUCACGUUCGUAUGGCUCAGCCGGUUAGGGAGAAAAAAGGAAAAUAACUUUGUGAUCUUAAAUUUAAUGAGUUUUUUUUUCAAUGGUUUUGCGUCACGAAAAACUUGUUUUCGAAAUGGAUUUUGCAGCAGGAGAAGGGAAGAGAUCGGAGAGUGGAGACGGAGGAGAGGAAAAGGCGUCGGUCGCCUUCUCCUCAGAGCUCGAGGUCUCGCUUCGACGAAAAACGACUGCGCAGAAUCGACGAAGAUCACGACCGUUUGAGAGACGGUGGCGACGGCAGGAACCUCAGGAGGGAGCCGAUCGAGGAAGAGAUUCCGACCAAGACUCCUGACGAGCUUUUCAAAAAGACAUCUACUACUCCGGCUCUUUAUUUCUUGCCGUUGACUGACGAACAGGUAAACGCCAUUUUCUUUGGACCACACAUGGCUAACUUGCAAAUAAAUCCAACAUUCAACUAAAGAAAAAAUUAUAUUUUUAUUAUGAGCUCGCGAAAAAAAUUCCGUUUCAAUUCCCUCUUUUUGACCCUUUUCUUCCGAGCAGUUUUCUAAGAUUUUAAGAUUGAUGAUGAAUCUUUAUUUUAUCAUAGUGGCAAAGAGGUCAUGAUGAAGCUCAUUUAUUUUUUCAUGGAGAAACGUUUCAGGUGGCGCAAAAGCAGAAGCUAUCGUUGAAUAACAAAAGCGAGCAGGUUUCGAAAGAAGAUUCUCAUCGAAACGACCGCCGACGAAGUUAAGGAGAUGCGUUUUUGGUAACUCUUUUCAACACAUCUGUAAUGAUCUUUUCGCGUAACAAUUUCUCAUCAUUCAGCCUUUGUGCAACAUUAUUUUUUAUUCCAGGAACAGUGCCACUUGA